GGAUGUGUACUCUGUCUGUUUCCGCUGACUUGACACUCUGCUCGGUUCAGCCGCGGGUUUGUCCGGAGACGUUUACAGCAUCAGAACAAACGGAGAUUAACUUUGUGGACCGACACCUUCCUGUGCGGAUUAACGACUUUCACCGGACUCUCAGCAGGAUUUAGGAGAAUGGCAGCACAGGACAGAAAACUCCCCCUUCACUGAGAGAGGAGGAGGAGGAGGAGGAGGAGGAGGAGGAGGAUGGAGCGAGCUCACAGCCUCCUGCUGAACGAGGAGGUGUGCAGUCAGCUGAGUGAACAUCAGAGAGCAGAGUUCAUCUUUGAAUGGCUGAACCACCUGAAGAAGCUUCUCCCGGCCACAGACAGGGUCCACAUCAGACAGAACCAGCGGCGCCUGGUCGACCAGCUGUCGGCCGUUCUGAUUGGCUCCCCCGGCCCGCCGACCCGCUGGCUGCUGGCCCACUGUCUGGCCCUGCUCUACCGCCUGGGAGACCCCGUACCCUCCAGCUUAUUGGUGGAGAGGUGCAAUGACAUCAUCCGCAGCAAAGACGACUCUCCGUCAGGCCUCCCGACCCGGCUGGCGGCCGUGGCGUGUCUCGGCGCUCUGUACGAGCAGCUCGGCCGGAUGCUCGCCGGCUCCUUCAAAGACACUCUGGCCAACCUGCUGAAGGCCAUGAAGAGCGCUGAGUCUCAGGGUCGGUAUGAGAUCAUGCUGAGCGUGGAGAGGAUCCUGCGAGGUCUGGGCGUCAGCGCCGUGCCGUGUCACCGUGACGUCUACAAGGCGGCGAGAGCGUGUCUGACGGACCGAUCCAUGGCCGUACGCUGCGCCGCCACCAAGUGUCUGCUGGAGCUGCAGAGGGAGGCCGUGUUCCUGUGGACCAGCGAGCUGGAGAACGUGGCCACGCUCUGCUUCAGAGCCUUCGAAGGAUCCAGCUACAACGUCCGAGUGUCUGUGGCCAAACUGCUGGGAACUCUGCUGGCUGCUGCCGCGGAGCCCAGACAACCCAGCGGUCCCAGACAGGGGGGGCGGGGGCGGAGCUCUCUGGAGGAGGUGAUGGAUUUGUUGACGGCGGGGUUCCUGCGGGGCGGGGCGGGUUUCCUCCGAGCCAGCGGAGACAUGUUGAAGGGGACGAGCUCCGUCAGCAAGGACAUCCGCAUCGGAGUCACACAGGCCUGCGUGGUCUUCGUCUCCACCCUGGGAGGCUCCUGGCUGGAGGCGAACUUCCCGGCCUUCCUGUCCCUGCUGAUGGAGCUGGCGUCGCACGGCAGAGCCACGCAGACGCCGGGCGACGCCGCCGUGACCCGCCGCUGCGUCUCCUUCAUCCUGAGGAGCACCCUGGGCUCCCUGCUGGGAGAGAAGGCCCAGACCAACGCCGUCAAACAGCUCUGCCUCGCUGUGGCCUCGCACAAACGAGCCAUCGAUGCGGCUCUGACUGAUGGGAACGUGGAGACCAGAGUGUCGUCUGCAGACGUCUCAGCCAGUCAGCAUGUGCUGGUCUGCUGCCUGCUGGAGCUGGGAGGCCUGGUUCAGGGUCUGGGAUCCACUGCAGCCCCCCUCCUCGCUGACAGCAGCACAGCUCUCCUGGACACGGUGAUCUCCGUCCUCCUCCACCCGGCGCCGUCGGCCCGGCUCGCCGCCGCCUGGUGCCUGCGCUGCGUCGCCGUGGCGAUGCCAUCCCAGCGAUCCCCGCUGCUGGAGCGCUGCGCCGAGCGGCUGGUGGCGCUGAAGUCCUCGCCCGAGGCCGUGGCCGGGUACGGAGCCGCCGUCGCCGCCCUGGUGGCCUCGGUGCAGCGCUGCCCCCUGGGAAUACCACAAACCAAGGGCCAGGUGGUCCUGGGUCUGGCCGAGGACCUGCUCCGCUCAGCGUCUCAGAACAGUCGGAUCUCUCUGCAGAGGACUCAGGCCGGCUGGCUGCUCGUCUCCGCCCUCAUCACUCUGGGUCCUGCUGUGGUGGAGCACCACCUCCCCCGCCUCCUCCUCCUGUGGCGCUGUGUGUUCCCCGCCUCACUGAGGGAGCAGGAGAUGGAGCUGCGACGAGGGGACUACUUCACGUGGCAGGUUACGCUGGAGGGACGUGCGGGGGCGCUCUGCGCCAUGAAGAACCUGCUGCUGCACUGCAGGGAGCUCGUCACCGAUGACAUCAUCAGCCGUCUGCUCACGCCAUUGGCCUGCGCCGUGACGCUCCUCACCAAGUUGCCUUCUCUCCUCAGGUCUUACAGCAGUUCAGUUCGUAGCUGGUCGCUCGUCUACAGACUCAGAGUCUAUGAGCUGCUCGCUCUGCUGCCUCCUCACACCUACCAAGAGAGUUUUGGUUUGGUGAUGAACCAGCUGGUCUCAGAUCUGUCCGGUCAGGACAACCUGAACCAGCCGUGUUCAGACCUCACCCUGCUGCCCCUCUGUCACCGUGACGACCUGCCGCUGGUCGGCCCCGCCCUCCACGACACCGACCACAGAUACAUCGAGGAACAGCUCCAUGGCAGCAGCGUGGGCGGAGGCUCCCUGGACCACGACCCCUUCAGUCUGUGUGACAGCGCCGACGACGCUCCCGCUCCUCUUCCUCCUCCCGUCACUCUGACCGCCGCCGCCGCCCGCCUCUUUGGAGCUCUGUUCCCCCACAUCAUCUCCGCUCAGAGAGUGAAGAUACUGGAGCAGUUUGUGGAGGCAGUGAAUCAGCUGAAGGGUCAGCGGCAGCAGACCGUCCAGACACACGUCUGUGCUGCCCUCUGCAGUCUGCUCAAGCACCAGGGCAGUAUUCGGGGCUCCCUGGGACCAGAUGAGAUCCGCUCCCCGGCGCUGUCCCUCCUGACGGGGGCGCUGGAGAGCAGCAGUGCCCUGCUGCGCUGCCUGGCUGUUGAAGGUCUGGCCCGGCUGGUGCAGGUGGUCGGAGACCCCGGCUUCACCGUCUCUGUCUCGCUGCUCUGCUUCGACAGGCUGAAGACGGCUCGGGACGCGGCCUCUCGCAGCGGCUACGCUCUGGCUCUGGGGGCGCUGCACCGCUACACCGGAGGAAUCGGCUCACCUCAGCACCUGUCCACCUGCCUGGGAGUCCUGUUCACCCUGAGCCAGGACAGCACCUCACCUGAGGUCCAGACCUGGUCUCUCCACAGUCUGUCCCUGGUGGUGGACCUGGCAGGCGGUCUGUAUCGAGCCCACGCCGAACCGUCCUUCGCUCUGGUUCUCCGGCUGCUGCUGUCGGCUCCGCCCACCCACCCGGAGGUUCACUACAGCCUGGGACGCUGCCUGCACGCCCUCAUCACCUGCCUGGGCCCGGACCUGCAGGGUGACGGGGCAGCGGUGUCCGGCCUGCGCUGCAGCUGCCUGGUGGGAUGUGGAGUGAUGCAGGCCAGUCCGGACUGUCUGGUCCAGGCCAGAGCCAUUUCCUGUCUGCAGCAGCUGCACAUGUUCUCACCUCCACACGUCAACCUGGCCAGCCUCGUACCUGCUCUGUGUGCCAACCUGUGCAGCUCGUACCUGUGUCUGCGUCGGGCCGUGGUGGCGUGUCUGCGGCAGCUCGUCCAGCGGGAGGCGCUGGAGGUCUCUGAACACGCUGUGACUCUGGUCAAAGAGCUGCCGAGACGAGACAACACACAACUCGACGUCACUAUAAAGGAAGUGGGUCUGGAGGGAGCUCUGUUCACCAUGUUGGAUCGGGAGUCAGAUCCGGGUCUGAGGCGGGACAUCCAGGAGACUCUGGUCCACAUGAUGACGUCCAGCGCCACCAGUGGGAAGCUGGGACACUGGCUCAAACUCUGCAAAGACGUCCUGUCUGCCAGCACCGACUGUCUGGCUCCGGUGGAGGCGAGUCAGGAGAACGAGGAGGCGGACUCCUCCAGAGACGACGACUCCUCGGCCUUCAGGGCCCGGCAGGAGUCCGGCGGCCCGUUCAUGGCCCUGCGCUGGGCCACGCGCCGCUUCGCCAUGGAGUGCGUGUGUCGCAUCGUGGCUCAGUGUGAAACCGCCGACCCGGCUCACUUCGACAUGGCUCUGGCUCAGGAGCGACGCCUGCACGAGUCCACCGACUUCCUGGUUCUUCACCUGGGCGACCUGGUCCGCAUGGCGUUCAUGGCAGCCACAGAUCACAGUGACCAGCUGAGACUGGCCGGUCUUCAGACCCUGCUGGUCAUCAUCAGGAGGUUCUCAGCCAUCCCUGAACCGGAGUUCCCGGGUCAUGUGAUCCUGGAGCAGUACCAGGCGAAUGUGGGAGCUGCUCUCAGACCAGCCUUCACUGCUGACGCUCCUCCUGACGUCACCUCCAAGGCCUGCCAGGUCUGCAGCGCCUGGAUUGCCAGCGGCGUCGUCAGUGACCUCCGCGACCUCCGGCGCGUCCAUCAGCUCCUGGCCUCCUCGCUGGCUAAAGUCCAGGUCGGGACGGACACGUCCAGCCGGCUGUACAACGAGGCCACGGCUACCAUGGAAACGCUGGCCGUCCUUAAGGCCUGGGCCGAGGUUUACAUCGUAGCCGUUCAGCGGAGCAGACAGAGGGAGAGCCCCGACCUGUCCGUCUCCUCUCCGGCCAAUGACAGCGCAGGCUCGGAGUCGGGAGGGGCGGGCCUCCUGAAGCUGGUCCAAUCAGAUUUGUCGACGCUGAGUCGUCUGUGGUUGGCGGCGCUGCAGGACUACGCCCUGCUGACUCUCCCACAGGAGUACGCACCACAGCUACCUGCAGCAGGAGGCUCCUUCUACACAGCAGAGACGGUGAACCAGGCCCGAGCUCAUUACUCCUCCUCCUGGGCUCCCAUCCUCCACGCCACCUCCCUGUGGCUGCACAGCACAGGUUUCCUGAUGUCCGAUGACUCACCUGCCAACCUGUCCCGACCGGCCACGCCCACCUCCAUGGGACACACAGGCUCUGUGGGCGGAGCCAAGAGCCCGGAGGACGUCAACAGCGACAGACUGCACCUCAUACUGGGGAUCAGCGUAGAGUUCCUGUGUUCUCCACACUCUGACGACCAGAUGGAGAACAUCACGUCGUGUCUGCGAGCUCUGCAGGCGCUGCUCGACGUCUCCUGGCCCCGGGCUAAGAUCGGAAACGACCAGGCUCUGAGUGUGGAGCUGCUCAGCGUCCUCCACAGACUGAUGGUGACCAGAGAGUCGGCGUCCGUUCAGCUCGCCGUCUUGGAUUUACUGCGACAGAUUGUGACGGCGGCUCAGGAGCACGUCAGGGAGAAACGCCACAGCGCAGAAGUGGAUGACGGUGCAGCGGAGAAGGAGACGCUGCCAGAGUUCGGGGAGGGACGGGACACCGGCGGUUUGAUUCCCGGGCGCUCCCUGGUGUUCGGAGCGCUGGAGCUCUGCCUCUGUGUCCUGGUGCGGAAACUCCCACAGCUCAGCCCCAAACUGGCCGGAACCAGUCCAACUGGUCCUGGAGGUUCGGUGUGGAGUCUGAGUGACAGCGACUGUCGACUGGUGGCGUCCGCUCUGUGUGUCCUGUCCGAGCUGCCGUCCGUCUGCUCCCCUGAAGGCAGCGUGUCCAUCCUCCCCACUGUCCUCUACCUGCUGCUGGGAGUCCUCAGAGAGCUGGUCCACCAGCCCAGCACACACACUGGUGCUGUGGCGGCAGGUCCAGGGGGCGGGGCUGGUCUGGCUGUGGUGGUCCAGGCGGCUCUCCAGGCUCUGAAGUCCGUCCUGACGUCUCCGAUGAGUCGACAGGAGAAGAGUCGAGGAGCCUGGAACCUGCUGCUGAGAUCGGCUCUGAACACACUGCUGGGACUCUGGGACUCCGGGGCCUCUGGUUGUGUUGUGGAUCAGAUCAGCCUCCUCACGGCUCUGACCGUGUUCCUGCUGUCUGCUGGUCCUGACGUCUGCACCGUGGAGCCUCUGCACGCGCUCUGUCUGCAGCGCUUCACCGCCAGCAUGGACGCCAAAGACCCGCUGGUUGUGAGUCGGUGUUAUCAGCUGCUGACGUCCGUGUUUCAGGCUCAGCCCGGCGUAGCCGUCCCGUACAUCCAGGCCCUCGGUCCACCGCUGGUCCGGUUCCUCCAGAGGGUGGAGAGGAGUCGACCUCAGAGUCCAGAGGAGCUGCUGGGAGUCCUGGAAGGAGUCCGAGCCAUGGAGGCUCUGGUCCAGGCUGCUGACGAGUCACAGCGUCCUCAGCUGGCGGCCAUCUUGCUCCCGCUCCUCAUCUCCUUCCUCCUGGAUGAGAACGCCCUCGGCUCUGCCCCCCCGGCGUCCCGGUCUCUCCACGAGGCGGCGCUCAAAGACCUGAUGCGUCUCGGGCCUCAGCACUCAGGCGUCUUCAGGUCUCUCAUCGCCUCGUCUCCUCACCUCAAGUCUCGUCUGGAAGCCGCCGUCAAAGGAAACCAGGAGAGUCUGAACGCUAAAGCUAGCAGCGCUAACCCAGCCGCCCGCAGCGGCGCCAAGUCGUCACCCAGCAUCACCCUGAAAACCAACUUCCUGUGAGACGACUGACCACAGAUCAGCAGCACGGAGGUUCAUCACUACAGCCACCGACACUCUGUGCUGCGUUCACUGUCCCCCGGGACAAAGGGUAACAUGAAGCAUGAGGUUACUGUGGCUGCAGAAUAUUAUCACAUCACUUCCUCUUUCACAGGAAGUGAGAGGAUCUUUUGUUGUUGAGUCUUAAACUUCCAGACGCUCUGUAAACGCUGCACGUCACUACUUUAUAUCAUUUCCAUUUACUGUCUCAGUUUUAUCCCUUCACCCCCCCCGCACAGACUCACAGUGAUGAGCUGAUGAUCGACAGCUGCAGAUUCAUUUCCAGCAGAUACUGAAACCAGCAGGCAUCAGAUUUACAGGUGAUGGGAUAAAGCUGAAAACAGACAUGUUCUCUAUCAGUUUCUUUUAUCUCCUCUUUUUACACAACGUUCAGAGAAACUUUGGUUUUAUCAGCCGAGUGAACAGACCUGAGUCAAACAGCUGUGACACAUCAGGGUCAAAGUUUAACAAAGAUUUUAACAGCUGAGUCCUUUAACACUGAAGUGGACGUGUGGAGGUUUUUAGUUUAGAGACUGAAGUUGAAGUGUUAGUUUGGAGAAGACUCCGUUGACUCUGGCUGGUUUCAGACCUGCUGCCGUCUCCAUGUUUCUGUCUCCUGCAGCGACAUCUAGUGGUUCAGUCCCGACACAUCUCCUCCUGUUGAACUGACAGAGACUUCAUGGUGUCGUCUGUUUGCAGCCACAUCACUGUGGUUUUUAUUUUACACAGUUUGAGCUCUGAACAAAAACACCUGGAUCCACAUCAGGUGAAACAUCGACAUCAGGUGACACUGUCAAACUUUAAAAAUAUUUAAUGAUGGUAUUUUAGCUGCAGGUCACAGAUCAGUUCUCCACCUGCUGAAAACCGGGUGUGUGUGUUUAUUUUAUCCCCCAGGAGGCCCCGGGCGGGCGGGUGGUUGAGCAGCAGCAGUAACAGGUCUCUGCUGUUUGAUCAGGUCUGUCACUCGAGGCUUUUAUUUUGAAAUACGUGUCAUUUUGAUGUAGAACCUGCAGCAGAAUAAGCUGCUUUUCCUGUGUCACUAACGUUAAAUGGAGGCCAGGGGUCAAAGGUCAGGACACAGUAACAGCUGACUCAUCCUUUGACCCAUGUCAAUAACAGAGAAGAAGAAGAGAUGAUUUUAUUUUUGUAGUAGAAGACAAAUCACAUGGAACAAGCUGAGGAGUUUAAUGGAGGUACGGCAGCCUGUGAGGGACAGUUCAGCUUCUGUCAGCACUUUAGUUUAACAACACUACAGCGUCUGAUUAUCUGACACGUUGUGUUUGAUCAGUGUAAAGGAUGUUGAAGUUCAGUCGAAGGACUUUUAUUGUCUAAAUGUGAAUCUUGGUAUCACUUCCUGUAACGUCUCAGAACACUAAAGAUUUACCUGCAAUAACACGAACCAGGUGAGCUUCAGUCUUCCAGCUUCAGCCGCUUCUCUCUGCUUCACCUGGCCGUCUGUGCAGGUGUGAACUGAAUGAAUGAGUUAACUUGUUGUUUUCUAACGGCAGCGAAUGAAUAAAACACGUCUUUCUUCUAA